AUGUGCGGUAUUUUUGCAAUUUGUCAACAAGCUGGUAAAUGUGAACAACGUUUCGAUUUGGAGAAGGCAAAAGAAUUAUCCAAGUAUGUUUUUCAAUGGGGGUUUCAAGGCUCAUCUUUAUUUUUUCAGACGACAAACUCAUCGUGGUCCAGAUUUCCGUGGAAGUUAUCAAGAUGACAAAACUGGUGAUAUUUUGGUGCACGAACGUUUAGCUAUUAUGGAUUUGGGAAUCUCUCACCCUCUCCAAGGAACAAGACCCGAUAGACAGGUUAGUUUUCAAAUGCUCGUUGUCCACUCAAAGUUCUAUGAUCUGUAAACAUUUAUCUAGUCAAAAUUAGAUUGUUAUCAACAAAAAUAAUUUUUAUUUGCACUUAUCAAUUAGUGACCAACCCGAACAAUAACUUUUUAUCGAGAACAUAAAAAAAGAGAUCCAUGUUCAAAACACAGUGUACUCUGAACUUUUUACAGGUUAUUCACAACGGUGAGAUUUACAACCAUCAAUGGAUUCGUGACAACGAACUUCAAACUUAUCAAUUGAGAACUACUUGCGAUUCAGAGGUUAGUUAAAGGCCACCAAAAGUGAUUUAGAUUAACUCGUUGUUUUUCAGGUCAUUAUAUUUUUGUAUGAAAAAUAUAGAAGUGGUUCAAUUUGCAACUUGUUGGAUGGCGUUUUCGCUUUUGCUUUAUGUUGUGAUGGUGAAUUUUUGGCUGCAAGAGAUCCAGUUGGAGUCAAACAAAUGUACUAUGGAAUCGAUCAAGAUGGACGAUAUUUUUUCAGGUGAGAAAGAGUGCAGCAAUUAAUCUAAAUCUCAUAUCUCUUUUGUUUUUUAUAGUAACGAGAUGAAAACUUUGGAGGACACCUGUGGAGCAUAUAAAAUUGCUGCUUUCCCACCGGGACAUUAUUAUACACCAAAGACUGGAUUUGUUAGAUAUUUCCAACCGGAAUGGUUCGAUUACAAAAAAGCUAUCAAAGCUUUGGAUUUGAAAUUGAUUCAUGAUUCUUUCAUCAAAGCUGUUCAUAAGAGACUUAUGUCUGAUGCACCAUUGGGUGUUCUUUUAUCAGGUGGAUUGGAUUCAAGUUUGGUUUCUUCAAUUGCUGCAAGAGAAAUGAAAAGAAAGGGAUUGACUGUUCAUUCAUUCUCAAUUGGUGUUGAUCAUACUUCACCAGAUGUUGUUGCUGCAAGAAAAGUUGCUGAUUAUAUUGGAACUAACCAUCAUGAAUUCUAUUUCAGUAUUGAGGUGAGUGGUUUUUUCAUCUUUGAAUCUAUGAAUAUAAUAAUUUGAUUUAUUUUAGGAAGGAAUCAAAAACUUGAAAAAAUUGAUUUGGCAUUUGGAAUCUUAUGAUGUUACAUCAAUCCGUGCUUCAACUCCAAUGUAUUUCUUAUCUGAAGAAAUUCGCAAACUCGGAAUCAAAGUUGUUCUUUCUGGAGAAGGUGCUGAUGAAAUAUUCGGUGGAUAUCUCUACUUCCACAAUGCUCCAUCAGAUGAAGAAUUCCAAAAAGAAACCAUUGACAGAGUUGUUCAUUUGUACACUUCUGAUUGUUUGAGAGCUGAUAAAUCAUCAAUGGCUCAUUCAGUUGAAGUUCGAGUUCCAUUCUUGGAUAAAGCAUUUUUGGAAGCAUCGAUUUUGACAGCACCACAAUUCAAGAGACCACAAAAAUUGGAGGAUGGUAGAAGAUGUGAGAAAUAUGUUUUGAGAUCUGCAUUCAACAAUGAUGAGAGACCAUAUUUGCCACAUGAAAUUUUGUGGAGGCAAAAGGAGCAAUUCUCCGACGGUGUUGGAUAUUCAUGGAUCGAUUCUUUGAUGCAACAUUGUGCUGAUCAAGUAUCUGACGCUGAUUUCGCUCAAGCUUCUCAACUUUUCCCACAUAACACUCCACACAGCAAAGAAGCUUUCUACAUGCGACGCAUUUUCGCCGAGCUCUUCCCAUCUGAAGAAGCUGCAUUGACUGUGAGAAAAUGGAUUCCAAAAUGGCAAAAGAAUCAAGAUCCAUCUGGUCGUGCUUCAUUGGUUCACGAACAAAGUGUUCACAACUUGGGAGAUGAUCAUCUUAUGGCUUCAACCAACAACCAUCACAUCGAACAUCAUUUCAGACCUCAACAGGCAUAA